CGUCAGUCUGCGCAGCUGCAGUUUGAACCACUCGUGUAAAUGAGGAAGUGAGUGAGGAGUUCACGACAUGAACGUAAACAUUUGACCCUUUUAAACCGUCUGUUGUUUAUAUGGGUUGUUUUGAUAGCUGUUUUUAACCAUGAAGAUAAACGAGAACUCUUUACUGGAGGGAAACUCAGUGGUGUUGGUUCCUUAUACUGCAGAGCACGUGCCCAGGUAUCAUGAGUGGAUGAAGUCUCCUGAGCUGCAGCAGCUGACCGCUUCAGAGCCGCUGACCCUGGAACAGGAGUACGACAUGGCGAGGAGCUGGAGGGACGAUAAUGACAAGUGCACCUUCAUCAUCUUGGACAAGCAGCUGUGGGCAGACAGCAGUGCGGAAGAGGAGAAGUGCAUGGUGGGAGAUGUCAACCUCUUCCUGACCGACCCCUCGGACCCGACCUUGGCUGAGUUGGAGAUCAUGAUCGCAGAGCCCAGUUACAGAGGCAAAGGCAUCGGGAAAGAGGUGACCCGCAUGAUGAUGUGCUACGGAGUCACCAAGCUCGGGCUGAAAAAGUAUCAAGUGAAAAUUGGACUGGGCAACGAGAUCAGCAUCGCCAUGUUCAAGAGACUCCACUUCCAGGAGGUGUCCGUGUGUAAGGUGUUCAAAGAGGUGACCCUGGAGAUGACGGUGGACGAGUCAGUUCGGGCGAGGCUCCUGGGUGAGACGGCCGGCACGACGGAGAGAGACUACAGACGCGCCUGCAGCGACAGACAGGAAAUGACGUCGCAGUGAGGAGCCGUUUGAGCUGCACUCACAUUUAAAGACUUCCAGAUAUGAAGGAGAUCAUUCUGCACGCAAAGGUCGGAAACUGUGGAGCCUCAUAAAGUUGUGUGGUUAAGACUUUGGGUACCUGUUUCGCACAAUCCUAUUUUCACUUUUAUUCCAUAUUAUGGUCCGCAUCAGGGGCUUGAAUCCGCGACCCUCCGGUUCCCAACCCAAGUCCCCACUCACUGAGCUACUGUCGCCCCAUGUGUUCUUGUAAACGAGUGCACAGCAACAUCCGUUUUGCGUCAGGAUGUGCCUGAUUUUCGAUAUAAUACGAAGGUGAAAAUAGGCUGUCCUUGAAUUUUAUGUGUGAGUUAAAGCACAUAUCUUGAUCAAAUAGAACUUCUAGAUUCCUAACAGUGGUGCUAGGUGCCAGGCUGAUGUCAUUAAGGACAGUUGUAUCAUUAGAAAAAGUCUCUCCGAGGUUUUUAGGACCAAGCACAAUAACUUCAAUCUUUUCUGAGUUAAGCAGCAAAAAAUGUCCUGUCAUCCCGGCCCUAAUGUCCUUAAAGCACACUUCUAGUUUACAGAAGCAUACAAUCAGUCAUAGUUAUUCACUUAGGGUCAUUAAUGUUCGGGUUAUUGUUAAAAUGUUUUUUUCGUUAUCUCAUAAAACUUGCCGGGUGAUAAAAAAAAAAAAACUGUAAUCAGCCCAUUUCAGAGCACAUAAAAACAGGGUGCCAGUCGGGUUAAACAAGGUUGCCUCUAGUGCAGAAAUGAGUUUCCAUUUGGUGGGAUGAAUCUGCAAAGGCCUAAUAUGAGUUGAAGACAUUUCUUGUACAUUACAACCGAUGUGUUUGUCUCAUGUUCCUCUUAAUUGCCACUUUAGUCUGCUACAUUUCUCAUAAUAUUCUUGUUUACCAGCGGAAUGACCCUGAAUGGAAGAAAAA